GACGGAGGAAAUCCGCUGCGGUUCCCCGGGAAAGGGGAAUUUUUAAUCCGCGGAGCGAAUUUCCAGCGGCCCAGAAUCAGCGCGGCGCCGGAAGUUCCGUCUGGUUCUUGAGUCCGGGCUCGGGGUCUGGGGCGAAGGGUUGUGGUGAGAAUGAAGCCGGCGGUGGAUGAGAUGUUCCCCGAGGGUGCGGGGCCGUACGUGGAUCUGGACGAGGCAGGAGGAAGUUCGGGACUUCUGAUGGACCUUGCAGCUAAUGAAAAAGCUGUCCAUGCAGAUUUCUUUAAUGAUUUUGAAGACCUCUUCGAUGACGAUGAUAUUCAGUGAUUCGUUCUCCUCGCUUAAUCCAAACUUCAAAUGUGGAAGAGGAAAGAAAUAGAGUACGUAACGUGCAACACCUUAGCACAUUGACAAACACAAGGAUAUCUUCAAAACAGCCUACAUUUUAUUAGCCUGUUUUUUUGUUUUAAAAAUGUGAAGUCAUUUUAUUAAAUUAACAACAUCCUGUGUUUUUUGUAAAAUAAACUUGCAACUUCUGUAAUUUGUGUUUCCUUCCAACAACCAACAAAUUUGUCAGUUCACCUGGAGUGAAAAUUGAUGCUGAGGUUUUCAGAUCCUAAUCACAGUUCUAAUUGAAGGACUGAGCUUUACAAAACACAUGUUGGGGUACACAGUUUAAUGAAAUAAUUGUAAGUAAAGUCCUCCUUAGUUCCAGUGGUGGAAAACCACUUUACUUUUGUACAAAGAUUUGCAUUGAGUAGGAUAUAUUCAAAAGUAUGUCAUUGGGAAUAUUCCCAGAGCUGUGAAGAAGUGUUUCAACUCAGUGGAGGCUUCCAGUUUUUAUCCCCAAUGUUCCAUUGUUGUGCUAAGUGCACAGCUUUGAAUGCAAGGUUAUCACUUUUUUAAAAAAAUCAGAUGGAAGUGACAUUGCACACCAUCUAAAUUGUUCUUCCAGCAGAAGGACCUCUUCUCAAUAACCAGUUGCUUCUGAGGUAUUUCAUUUUGUCUUCAUUUGUGGAAAUUGCUUUUUUCUCCAAAGUUGAACACUCAGCUUGAUACUUUUUUAAAAAAAAUCUUGCAUAGUAUUUACAGCACAGUCAGAAGCCACUCCGCCUAUCUGCACGUGCUUACUUAUCUAACCCCUUAAAGAUAUUAUUGUUUUAUGUUUAUCUCUUUUUCCUCUUACAUGUAUCACUGUGCUGUUUACCUCAACCAACCACUUAUGAUAGGUUUCUAUAUUCUAACCAUACCUGGAUGAAGAAAUUUCUUCUGAAUUCCCUUUUGGAUAUGUUAAAGCAAUCUUGUAUUUAUUGCCCCAGUAAUUGGUAUUUCCUCUUGGGAUGAAUUUGUUUCUAAUUGGCCCUGGUUGUAAAAACAUAAUUAAAUAAGAAUUUUAACAUUUAUGCCUUCUCCGAUUAAUAACUUUAAAUGAAUCAAAUUAAUGUAAUUUGGGAAUCAUAAGUAGAAAUGACAAUUGCAAAUGUAAAGUUGUAAUGCAGUAAUUUCAGACACUUGUUUAAUAGUGCUGUACUACAACCAAUUGUAUUUCUCUGCUUAAAGUGGUGUGUUUCAAUUUUAGCAACGUAGCCAAAAUAUAAAAUUUGAAUGGCUGGAUGGCGUGUGACUUUAAAGAUCAGACUAAAUUAUACCAUGCCCUAGUCAACCUGUCUUCUAAUUUGCUUUUAAUGACUAUUCAUUGGCAUUUUAUGCCAUGGAGGAUUGACUAGUUUAUUUGAAAUAAUUAGGUCGCAUGGACAUGGAUUGCAUGAACUCUAUUGUAGGUGGAAAUGAAUUUGUUAUGUAUUUUCCCAUAUUUUAAUUUUUCUUUCAGAAUACACUGGAAUACAAUGGAAGUAUUUUAGAGAAGGUUUAUUUGUUAGCAAUGCAAAGAUAAAAAACCUACUCAUCACUAUUGAUAUCCAUAGGUUGCUCUGAUCAAUUGUGAAAGUAGUGUUACUUAGGCGUUAAUUAAAUACAUUAUUAAUAUC